AUGCGCCGUUUGCGCGUAUUUUUUGAUGUGUCCAUUGGAUCUGUAACACCUGCUAGAGCCCCAGCUCUCCCUACACCUGCCCCCGCUCUGCUAGACUCCCCGCGCGGCGGUGCGCCGCCUGCGCCUAGAACAACAGCGGUCUGGACCGCUAUGACCCCGCCUCAUGGCGCUAUGACCCCGCCUGAUGCUAUGACCCCGCCCCUGGCCUAG